AGGUCAAAGUAACCAGAUAGAGUUGCACUGGAAGGACAGCAAUUCCUUGUGCAUGUCCGAACUCUCACAUAAGUCAAGUCCCAACUAUCAGCCCUCAAGUGCUUCCUCCCAGUCUCAAAACAACUCAAAGGUCAACUCCAGAUGCUCAAGCGUGUCAUCUGUCAAGAGACAAGAGGCUGCGGCGGAAGUUGCUGCUAACCAAGCAGCUUUAGAAGUAAUGGUUAAGCAAGAACGCCAACUAGAAGAGCUUCAGCGACUCGAAGAUGAAGAUAAGAAGAGGACAGCGGAGCAAGAAGCUGAGGCUGUGAAACGCAGCUUAGAAGAAGCUAGGCUGCGAGUCAAGUUAGAGGUAGAAAAUGCUGCCAGACGAAGGACACUAGAAGACAAGCGUAGAGAGUUAGAGCACCUAGAAGUGCUCAAGAAACUAAAUGCUGCCAAGGCGCGAAUGCAAGUGUAUGAGCAAGAUGAAAACUCAGAGGACGAGAAGAGAGAACUACUCUCUAACUGCAAGUAUGUGAAAGAAGUCAUGCACAGAAGUGGCUCAUUUCACAGUCUCUCACCACAACAUGUUGUGACAAGCACACAGCAAGAAGAUGGCACCAAGACCAUGUUCAGGUUACUAGCGGAAGCAAUCAGUGAAAGCCGCCUCCCCAUACCAGAACCAGUAACAUUCAAUGGAGAGCCUCUCUCGUACACUGACUGGAAGGUCUCUUUUCAGACUCUGAUAGACAGGAAGAACAUACCAACAACUGAGAAGAUAUAUUACUUAAGAAAAUAUGUCGGUGGGCCUGCCAAGAAAGCCAUCGAAAGUUACUUUAUGUUAGGAACAGAAUCAGCCUACCAUGCUGCUUGGACCAUUCUUGAAGAAAGGUACGGAAACAAAUUCUUCAUCGCCAAGUCUUUCAGAGAUAAGCUCAAUGCAUGGCCUACGAUAGGAUCCAAGGACAGUCUUGAACUUAGAGACCUUGUAGACUUUCUUCGCAGCUGUGAAGCUGCUAUGUCUCAGAAUAAGGGCCUGGAGGUGCUUAAUGACUGUAAUGAAAACCAAAAGAUCCUCGCUAAACUUCCAGAUUGGCUAACUUCAAGAUGGAAUAGAAAGGUCACAGACAUCUUAGAAGAAACGGAGAUCUUUCCUAGCUUCAGUCAGUUUGUGAAGUUUCUCACAAGAGAAGCCAAGAUUGCUUGCAAUCCUGUAACAUCCCUUCAUGCUUUGAAACCAAGUGAAGAUGGGAAACUUAAGACGCCAAGGAUUCAAAACCCCGGAGCAAGGGUAUUAGCAACUAACUCUGAUGAGAAAGAUACUGUUACUAGUUGUGUCUUCUGUGAGAAGUCAGGUCACAGUCUCCACAAAUGCUGGAAGUUCAUGGAUAAGCCCACCGCAGAGCGACAGAAGUUUGUUCAAGAGAAUAAAUUGUGCUUUGGCUGUUUAAGGCCUGGCCAUCGAUCGAAAGAUUGUGAUAACAGGAACACCUGCGACACGUGUCAGAGGAGGCAUCCAUCCUGCCUGCACGAAGAUCGUACUAAAGAAAGGUUAAGGGAUAGGAAGACCUCACAAGAUAAGGGGACAAGAGCGUCAAGUGAGGCCAUAUCUAACAGAGUCGUAAGGGACAUUAACACUCACACCUCCACAAUCAUUCCAGUAUGGGUGUCAACCACAAGUGAGCCAGAUCGUGAAGUUCUUGUGUAUGCACUUCUUGACACCCAGAGCGACACCACUUUUAUCCUUGAAGAGACAACAAAGGCUCUCAAUACAAGGAAGGAGCCAGUCCAACUGAAACUCUCUACAAUGGCUUCAAGAAAUACCACUGUGCCCUGCCAGAAGCUGUCUGGUUUGCAGGUUAGAGGGUUUUACUUGGAGAAGAAAAUCCCUCUGCCAACGACCUACUCGAGAGAGUUUAUUCCUGCAAACAGAGAUCAUAUUCCUACUCCAGAGACUUCAAGAGCAUGGUCUCAUCUUGAACACAUUGCAGAGGAGAUUGCUCCUCAACAGAGCUGUGAUGUCGGUCUCUUAAUUGGCUACAACUGCUCCCAGGCUCUCCUUCCAAGAGAAAUUGUGUCUGGUAAGGGAAAUCAGCCUUUUGCUCAGAGAACAGAUCUUGGCUGGAGCAUAGUCGGCUAUGGAAAUCCAUGUAUCGACUAUGGCGACCCUAUUGGAGUGAGUCAUCGGGUUAUCGUUAGACAGGUGAUGCCAAGCCUUCAAUCUUCUUCCAACCUCACAAAUCAAGUACACUAUGUUUGUAGAACACAUGCAAGAGAGGUAAUCACAACACUGGACAUUAUCAAGACGCUUGAAUCUGACUUCAACGAGAGACCUGCAGAAGAGGACCUCAUAUCUCAAGAGGAUAUCCGGUUCCUGAAGAAAAUGAAAGAGGGCAUCAGACGUAAGGACAAUGGACAUUAUGAGAUGCCGCUGCCGUUUAAGGAAGAAAGACCCAAUCUGCCGAACAAUAAAACAUGUGCAGUUCACCGACUCAAGUGCCUGGAAAGGAGCCUAAGGAGAGACAAGCAGUACUACAAGGACUACACAGCAUUCAUGGAAGAGACUAUAGCUUGUGGAGAUGCUGAGAAGGUCUCUAAAGAGGAAAUUAACAAGCAUCCAGCAUGGUAUAUCCCGCACCAUGGAGUUUAUCACCCACAAAAGCCUGGGAAGAUACGAGUCGUCUUUGACUGCUCAGCUAAGUUUCGAGAGACGUCCUUGAAUGAUCAUCUCCUUACCGGUCCAGAGUUGACAAACACAUUGCUGGGCAUCCUUUGUCGUUUUCGUAAGGGUCCAGUUGCAAUCAUGUGUGACGUAGAGUGCAUGUUCCACCAGUUUCAUGUGAAAGCAGAAGACCAAGAUUAUCUACGGUUCCUUUGGUGGGAGAACGGAGAUCUAGAGUCUCAACCCUCAGCGUAUCGUAUGAAGGUCCACUUGUUCGGCGCAGCUUCAUCUCCUGGUUGCGCCAACUAUGGUCUCAAACAUCUUGCUGCCGAAGGACGAGGAAGCUUCAGCGAGAAGUCUAUCCAGUUCAUAGAAAGGAACUUUUAUGUUGAUGAUGGGUUGACGAGCGUAUCGUCUGAAGCUGAAGCGGCCCAGCUGGGGAAAGAAGCAAGAGAGCUUUGCAGCAUCGGCAAACUUUGGUUGCACAAGUUUAUCUCUAACAGCAAGGAAGUUAUAGCCACAAUUCCCAAGGAAGAACGUGCCAAGGGUGCCAAAGACCUGGAUAUGGCUCUGGGUGAACCACACAUGGAGAGAGCGCUUGGUGUACUGUGGUGUGUCGCAUCAGACGAGUUCCAGUUUAGAGUAGUUGUCAAGGAACGCCCACUCACAAGAAGAGGAGUGUUCUCUACAGUAGCCUCUGUAUAUGAUCCGCUUGGGUUUGUGGCACCCUUUGUCCUGGUGGGGAAGCAGAUCUUGCAGCGGAUGUGUCGUGACAGAAUCGACUGGGAUGACCCCCUUCCAGAUGACCUACGUUCCCAGUGGGAAUUCUGGCUCCAAGGUCUACAAAACUUGUCUGAAGUAAGGAUCCAACGAAGCUACUUGCCAUCAAGUUUCAAGGAGGUGCAGAGUUAUGAGCUCCAUCACUUCUCCGACGCUAGUACCUCAGGUUAUGGAGAGUGCUCAUACCUCAGAACAAUCAGCACCGCAGGAGAAGUUCAUUGCUCCCUAGUUAUGGCAAAGUCGAGAGUCGCCCCUUCCAAGGUUACGACCAUACCACGACUGGAACUUUCAGCAGCGGUGGUAGCUGUUCGAACAAGUGACAUGCUCAAAAAGGAGUUAGAGAUACAAGGUCUACAGGAAUACUUCUGGACAGAGUCGAAGGUAGUUCUUGGCUACAUCAACAAUGAAGCCAGAAGAUUCCACGUCUUUGUAGCUAACCGUAUUCAACGCAUUAAACCUCCAACACAGACAGAAAUGGAGUAAAGACUGAAGAAACGCAAGGAUUAAUGACAUUGUCAUUUUGCAAGAUGAUACUGCACCACGCAACCAGUGGAAAUUGGCAAAGGUUACAGAAGUGUACCCGGGACAGGAUGGCCGGGUGAGAAGAUUCAAGUUACUGAUCAGCGACUCAACCGAAGAUGAGAGAGGUAAACGCAUCACCAAACCCACCUGUCUGGAGAGGCCCAUCCAUAAGACAGUCACCCUCCUGGAAGCCGAUCAAGAAACCUGCAGACCCCUUUCACAGAAAUCACUGGUGAUUGGUGGGAGUGUAACUGACAGUUAGACUUACAGGUUAUGUCGUUGUCUUUUGUUUGAAUUGUUUAUGUGUCCGCUGUGCGGGGAAAUGAUAAUACAAGCGGAACUACGUAGCUAAUACUGUUGUAACGGGGAUCCUUAUUGUAGCAACACACCUUUGGAGGGAAGGCAAUCCUGCGCUGCGUUAGCUAAGUUUUCAUGUCAUCGGGUGUAGUUCAUAAUGGUUGAAGAGUGUAUGUUAGGAUGAAGUGUGAAUUCAUGCCAGGAAUAAUAAGUGUGAAGUUUAAUUUCCUCCCUUCUGUAAUAAGCAGCCAAUGAGUUCUCACGGAAGGUGAUAAUUCUGACUAAAACUACAGAAUAAAGCCGCCAGUUAAAAUCAA